AUGCUCCUUCACCUAGGUCAAAAACCAACCAUGUUCAUCUCUUCAGCUGAUGCAGCUGAAGAGGCUCUCACAAAACACGACUCGUAUUUCGUUGAUAGGCCUAAAUCAACGUUCAUUGGAAGGCUUACCUACAAUUUUAAGGAUAUGACGUUUUCACCCUAUGGAGAAUAUUGGAGGCAAGCAAGGUUCAUCGCUGUUUCUCAUCUCCUAAGUAAGAAGAAAGUUCAAUCAUUCAGAAGUGUACGCGAAGAAGAGAUCGCGAGAAUGAUGAAAAACUUGAGGGAAUCAUGUGUAUCGGGUGCAAUUGUGUGUUUAAGUGAGGCUUUCGCAACACUUACUAAUGACAUAAUUUCUUUAGUAGCCAUAGGGAAGAGGGUUGCAAUAGAGAUUGAUGAAUAUUUAGAUAGUAUCUUUGAAAAAGCUUUGAAAAGCCAAGAAAUGAUCAACCUCAGCAUUGGUAACAAAUUGCAUCGAAACCUCUUGGAUAUAUUGCUUGGACUCCAGCGAGAAAAGACCACUGAUAUUGAUCUUGAUCUUGAUCUUGAUUCAAUUAAAGCUAUCAUUUUGUCGGUAGGGAUCCGCGAUUUUGGGAAGAAGAGGAAGAAUUUCGGCCCGUUCUUGAAUAGCACUGUUGACUUGAAAAAAGGGCAAUUCGUUGACUUUAACAACGAGCAAUUUGCAUUCUCGCCGUUUGGUUAUGGAAGGAGAACUUGUCCUGGUUCUGGAUUUGCUCUGGUAAUAGCUGAACUCACAAUUGCGAAUUUGAUUCGUAAUUUUGAUUUCGCAUUGCCUAAUGGAGGAAAACCAGAAGAAUUAGACAUGACUGAAGUUUUUGGUAUGAUGAUGCCUCGGAAAAUCCCUCUACUUGUUAAUGUUAGUCUACCGAAUUGA